AUGGAUAAAUAUUUUUGGAAUGUUUAUAGAAAUGUAUAUUUGUAUCAAGGGAUUCAAAGUUUUAUAAAGGUUGAAAAUAAUAGUUUUAAUUACUAUGAUUUGGCAGCAUCGUUAAAGGGUAGAGAUGAUGCAGUAGUAUUGGCUAGAACAAGACAAUGGAAAGUAUUGGCAGAUAGAAUCAAGCAAGAUGAUGAAACGUUGAUCAAUGUAGAGCCGGUGGUCUUGGUUAGAGUGAUGAUUGCUUGUAUUGGUGACGUUGAAUUGGUCAAAAAGGCAGUGACCAAGAUCUUGACAGAAGCAAUAGUCAAACAUCUUCAAACUAAUGGUAACACUCCAAAUAGUAUUCUGUCUGGGACAUCAUCAUUGUCGGUGCUUAUCAACAGUCGAUCGGCCGAGUCAUUAAGUUUGAUCAAACUGACAUUGGAUCAAAAUGCCGUACCUAUGGCAAUCAUUGGACCUAUUUGGAAUAGAUAUCUUUUGGAUAUUGCUGUCGAGAGUAUCAAUCAACUGCAGUUUUGGAUUCUAGAAUACUUGUUUGUCGUACAACCACAACAACCUAUUGGACAAGAUGUGGUGUUUGCAAUGAUCAAUGCAUCUCUAAAGCAACCAAUCAUCAACAAUAGAACCAAGAUAUUGCGAUGGAUUAUGAUUCAUUAUCCAGAUGCUGUUGCUAGUCACAAGGCUAUUUCGCAUCCAAUUACAUAUCGACUUGGAGGUAUCUAUGAAACGGGUGACCUUGAGGUGAUACAAGCCUAUAUACGACCAGCAACCGACUUUCAGGUGCCAAUGUACAACAAACGUUAUUUGGUGGGUCAGUCAAAUGCCAUUCGUUUAGAAUACGAGGUAUUAAAGACUGCACAUGUCAAGGUCAGAGAAGAAGUUGAAAAGAGGUAUCCAUGGCUCACUGACAAUGAUAGAUUAGAAACAUUAACCUACAAUCAAAUGGAAUUACAAUUUGGUCAAAUAGAAAAUAUGAAAAGAUUCCAAGACAUUAUACGAUUUGAAAUGGAAACUGCUAGUAAUUUGGGAGGUGAUGUAAAUGAGACGAUUCGUCAACUAUUAAACAUACAGACCGAGACUGGUAAAAGAAAUACACAUGCGCCACCUUAUUCAUCGGUCGAGAUAUUGGAUGCUGUCUGUAAAAGAAAUCAAUUUCAUACUCGAUCGGCCAAGUUGUACUUUACACCAACCAUUUAUCAUGCAAUUGUUUCGGUUGGUACUCUUGAACAAGUUAAAUUUGCCACCUCUUUGAUGGACACUUAUUGGAUCAAUUUACCAAUCUAUAAACUACACACUUUUCUAGUUGUCAUUGGAAGAACAGAUGCCGAGGCAUCAAGUGUAUUCAAUUACCUCGAUCAACAAUCACUAUUGGAUACUACCGAUUUGUACAAGUUUUUAAGAACCUGUAGAUUUACAUAUAUACGUGUGUAUACAACCGAAAUGUUCAAACUAGCACUCACCAAAUCAGGUCUAUUUAAAAGUUGGAGUAUGUUUCUAGAUAAUUGUUCCAUUAGUAAAUCAAACAUUGUCUUUGAUCGUGACCUUAUCGACUUUUUAAUAGAAAACAAGGGAAUCACUCAUAUCUCUGCCAAAUUAAUUGUUGGAUUGUCACAAUUGUACGAUCGUUCACUAUUGGAAUACCUAUUCUCUCGAUUCCCAAAACAACAAAGAUGUCACAUCCCAAUUUAUCGUCGUGGAGCAAAUAUCUUUCUCAGAUUGGUAUGUGAACGAUUCAAAUACAUCUCUAUUGGUAAACGUGGUAUAGAGUAUAUCGUCUCUUUAAAAUCAACCGAAUUAUUUGAUCUUGUAAUGCCAAGACUCUAUAGAAAGGAUGAAAAAUUGGUUUUACAAUCUGGUAUGACUGGUCAUGGUAGAAUUUAUCUUUCAAACAAUUAA